UGUAGGCGUCCUUCUUCCGGCUUUCACCGGAUAUGGAAGCGCUCGCUUAGCGGGCGCCAUCAACAACAUGACGGUGCCGCUUCAAAUCUGAAAUUUUAAGGGAUUCUCUCUUUUUUAAUGUGCUUCGUCCCGGCGUGAAGGUUGACGUUGACACCGUCGUUCUACGCCCAGUUAAAGUUACGUUACCCCGGACAACCCGCCGGGAUCCAUCAAAUGGUUUCUUCGUUCCUCUGUGCUGCAGGCGGCAGUUGUUGGGUCGGUGGACAGAGACCGGCCAGAGGAUUGCCCUGACCUGCUCAUUAUGUCUGAAGACUUGAGCAGCGAUGAAGAAUGGUGUGCAUCCGCUGAGAGGAAGCACAUUGAUGCACACCGAAAGGCCAAAUGUUGGGAAUGUGGCAAAACAUUUGGCAAAAUUAAAAGCUUGAUGUUGCACUACAAAAGCCACAACGUAAAAGCCACCUGCCACAUCUGCAAAGUUAACUUCCGACGUCUGACGUCUCUCUCCAUCCACCUGGAUAAUGUACACUUGCCACCCUUUUGCAAAAAGUGCAACCAGUAUUUCAGUAGCUCGUGGGAAUUGAACAAUCACGUGGAGACACAGUGCAUCGGCUCGCCAAUCAAAACACCUCCUCUUCUGAUGUCCGGGCCCAUGUGUCAGAGUCAGAACAGUGACAACCUUCCUAUUGACGAGACUGCGCAGCAUAAAACAAAGUCACUGCAACGUGACACGGCGUCGGAGCCGAGGCCUCCGCAAAGCGCUGAGAUGAAGCCUGAGAAAGCUGAGGCAUCUGAUAGCAAUUUAGAUUAUGUACUGGGUGCAGAGGAUAAAGAUUUUCACAUGGAAAACGACAGUGAGAAAGCAGAUGACUCAUCGAGCACUGAAUCUGAAGACGAAGAUACACCCUCAAAAUCUGCAGACUUGUGUUCAGAGGAUCCAGAAUCUGAUGGUGACUCGAGUUCAUCCAAUUCUUCCAGUGACUCUUCUCACAGUUCGCACUCUAAACCCCCCCCGGCAGCUCUCCCUAGUGUUGAUAGCUCAAUAUGUGCUGCGUGUGGCAGAGGGCCAUUUCGGUCAAUGAAGCUACAUUUACUGCACUGUAGUGGUAUACGGGUCAAAUAUCAGUGUUCAGUGUGCAAGAAGCUGUUCCUAACCGAGGUGUCUGUUAAGGAACACUACAUGCCUUUGUAUUCUUGUGAAAUCUGUAGCCAAGUUUUUCCUUAUGAGAGCUCGUACCAAUACCACCAGUGUCCCAAGGGAGCCAAAUCCCCCCUGGUCCUCUUUUGUCCAGAGUCAAUGCCGCAAGCGUGUCACAUAUGUAAAUCCUUUUUCACCUCUGAGAAAACGUUGUUAAACCACGUGACUAAAGUUCACACAUCAGUGGUCAGCACCAAGGUGUGUAUCAUUACCAACCCAUCAGCAUUGACCGAUACAAACGUUUCCCCCUGUGUCCUCAGGACAGCAACCACGGUAGUGGACAGCAAUCCAAAGGAGGUCUUUCAGGUCAUGCAUGGGCAGUUCCGUGCUGGCCAAACCUACGUAGGGUCUCUAGCCACUGUUGUGAAAUCCAGCCCUCCCCCUGUCUCGACCUCCUCCCAUGCAGACCGACCACAUGCCACUAUAAGCACGGCGCCUGUUAGAUCGGGGAAACGCCGCGCCCAAAGUCCAAAGAACCGGCCUUUAAGCAGUCGGCCCGCCCCUUCAUUUGUCCUUCCCGAAGCCGCUGACUCAACGGCAGCCGCCGCGGCCUCCCCUCCCGUCACGCCGCCGUCGCCCACGAUUAUGGCCUUGUUUAAGAACGACAGCCACAACGCGGCUCUGAUGAAACGCAUGAACGCCGGCUGGCGUUCCAAGACCCCUUACCCCUGCAGGCAGUGUGGCGCCAUCCUGCGGCAGCCCUCUUUCAUCAUCAGCCACCGCUACCUCCACAAAGGCCGCCGCUCACACAAGUGCCAGUGCGGAAGAGCUUUCAAGAACCUGCUGCACCUGCUGCGACACUGCGUGCAGCACGCGGAGACUGUGAGCUACAUCUGCGUCGGCUGCGGGGAGUCUUUCGCGGGAGCCAAGCACUUUGCUGAGCACACCGAGGACAGGUCACAGAGGAGAUCCUUUUCUGGACAUACUUGGAAACGUAAAGUUAAGAGAGAGUGCAGAUGCUUUUACAUGUGACUGCGGGCAGCGCUUUUUAGGUCCUCGGCUUUCAUUGGCAUCAAC